AGUUUUUUCUGCGGAAAAAAUACUAAGUUAGAUAGGGCAUAAAAAUAGAUUAUUUCAAUUAACUUUGGCCAAAUUUGCGGGGUACAGUGCUUACACAAAACAGAACUACACGUUUAAUUAAUGCACGACCACACGAAAAACUCCAAAAGACAAAAACGUUGCGAUAAAUUUAAUUCACGACAAGAUGCGAUAAUCAAAACUGAUAGGAUGUUCAAAGUUCCUGUUCGUGGACCAGUUACAAGGCGACACAUAACGAGAGGAACGGUGCCAAGAGGAGCGCGGCGAAUAAAAUAACCCCCAACAAUCGCAGUAUAAUUUGGUAGGAAGUGAAAGCUGUAAUAAGGAGGACAAUCUCGGGCAAACAAUUGGAUAAAAGCAAUCCAUACAAAAGUGUUAAUUGAUCUAUGUAAAUGUAUCAAGACGGCUUCAGGACAUCUGGCACGGAGAAUAAUUUGCUCAAGAUAACCUGACCCCCUCCAUAACAUUAACAUUUAGAUAUUAGUCGUGCUGCUGUUGAGAUCAAGCUCGUUUGUUUCGAACGAAUUCUCAACUUGUGCCUGCGGUUGUUCUUAAGAUAUGUAAUCGUGAUACUCCCAAGAGGAUCGAUUGAAACACUUCAAGCCCAAAGGGAUAGUAUCAAGAAUAGAAAAAAAAAGUUGAAAUACAGCAAGGUAUGAAUCAACUACAAAAUGAGCGUCAGCUGGUGGAAUAAUGUGUUCAUCAUUAAGUUACUUGCGCUACUACUGCUCUUGAAAGUUGGUAGUACCCGAAAACCAGUCAUUCUCAGCGAGCCUCAAGAUGUCACCGUAGUAUCGACCAGUUUCUCCCUUCUGUGCAUCAAGUCCCCAGACUCCACUGUCACUUGGUAUCACAACGACAAGCAAGUCAAUACUGUGCGGAAUAACCACAUACACGUAACUAGUGAUGGGUCUAUACUUGUCAAGAACGCACUGGAAGGUAGAGAUGACGGCUCGUACUACUGUCUGGUGUCCAACAGGAAAGGGGCAAUCAUUAGUCGGACGGCAAGGGUUAAAUUUGCUUAUCUUAAUCCAUUCACUGGUGUCGGCGACUGGGGUGUUGACGGCGAAGAGGGAUCGCAUCUCAUCAUAAGAUGCAAUGCUCCAGACUCUUUUCCACACCGUACAAUCAAAUGGACGAAAGGGGGGAAUCAGCUGCCGAGCCAGUCACCACGCCGAGCUAUCAGCCAAGAGGGGGGCCUGCACUUUGCUUUUCUAGAGAAGUCAGAUGCAGGAGUUUACGUAUGCACUGUCACUAAUGUGUUCAUAACCAAGAAAGUUGUCAGAACGGUUUCUCUUUUUGUAUCGCCAGGACAAGUUCCACUGAACAAGCCACCAAGUGUAUCUGAUGAUUUCAGCGCGCCAAGGACGGCCAUAAAGGGAGAACAAUUUGUCCUAGAGUGUAUUGUUUACGGCAGACCAGUCCCCAGAAUCAAACUGGUAAAGAAAGGAAUCCAUGCGCCGUUAGGAAAAACGACAGGGAACGUCAACAGACUGGUGAUCGACAGCUUUGGUCCCGAUGACGCAGGGAAGUACAAAUGCAGGGCCAGUGACAAGGCAGGACAGUCAGACACAAAAACUACAGUAAUAAGAAUGGAAGCUAAACCGGAGUGGAUCCUGAAGCCAAGGCACACUACAGCAGGAUCGAACACCACAGUCACCAUACCCUGUAUCGCCUUCGGAAUACCAAGAACAACAUACACGUGGUUCUUGAAUGGAAAACCCCUCAUAUGGACAAACAGACACAACAUUACUGGUGGAAACUUGACAAUAAAAGACUUGACACGUCAAGACAAUGGCAUGUACCAGUGUUUUGUUAACAACAAACAUGGCCAGUUACAUGCCGAUAUUGAGCUCACUGUUUCAGAAAUUCCUGCUGGAUUUGGCCCAGGCAGCAAAGUUCCACAACCCAACACAAAUGUACUUAUCCACACAAGUGUUGAGCUGACAUGUCGACCAACAGGAGAACCCAAGCCUACCAUUCGCUGGCUCUUCAAUGGCUCUUUGAACCUCAAAAGCAACAGCAGGUUUCGGAUUUUGUCAAAUGGAAAUUUAAGAAUCAGUAAUGUUACGAAAGUAGACUCCGGCUAUUACAUCUGCGAGGCUUCUAACAGACUGGGCAAAGCUGCAAGGAAGGGACAUCUCAACGUCCUCGACUACAUCAUCUUCACCAAAAACAUGAAUCGAUCGACUUCAGUUGUCCUCGGGCGAGACAUCAGGAUUAUGUGCGGUGUAAAAACAAUUGGUGCAAUAGAGGUCACAUUUCAGUGGUCCAGAUAUGUUGUCCCAAUCGUGUCUAACAAUCACGUGCAAAUCACCAGAACAGAGAGCAUGGACCGUCUGUCGCAUACCAGUGACAUGAGGGGCUACUUGAAAAUCACUGGCGCCCAGUACUCUGACUCAGGCCUCUACACCUGCCAGAUAGUGGGCAGCAAAAAGACCAUUGCUGUCAAGAACGUGAUACUGAAAGUUAAAGGUCCUCCUGAUCCACCGACAAACGUGAAUAUCAACUAUGGAAAAACCAGAGGAGAAUUUAUCAAUGUAACCUGGACCUUGGGCAAAUCAAAUGAUAGUCCAAUAAAGAAAGUCAUCAUUGAACACACGACACAGUUUGCGCCCAAAAUAUGGCACGUGAUUGUUGAGGAAACUGAACCCGAGAAGGGCUGGACACAAAUAGCACUGUCUCCAUGGGUACGCUAUACGUUCCGUGUUGUCUCUAUCAACGACGUUGGAAACAGUACACCAAGCGCUCUGUCCCCUAGUUUCCAAGCCCCUUCUGCAGCUCCCAGCAAAUAUCCUAGCGAGGUGAGAACCGAAGGAACAUCCCCCUCUACACUAAAGAUCACGUGGCAACCCCUUCCACCCAUCGACCACAGCGGGCCUGGGUUUUACUAUGUUGUCUAUCAUCAAAGGGCUGAUGGUAAAGGACAGCUGUCUAGGAGUGACGUCAAAAAUGACACAUCAAUUCAUGUAAUGGGUGCGGAUUACUACGUGAAAUACAUGAUUCAAAUACAAGCUGCUAAUGAUAUUGGCUUUGGACCCAAAAGCCCAGUUGUUUUCGGUUACUCGGGAGAAAAAAUACCAGUGGGGUCUCCAAGAGAUCUUGAUGUCCGUAUAACAUCACCGACAUCAGCUUAUGCAACCUGGACCGGAGUCUCAGAUACAAGGCAGGCAGUGCGUGGCAAAUUGUUAGGCUACAAGGUGUAUUUCUGGAAGGCUCCAAGUGGUCAGAUACCUCCACCCCAAUCAGAAUACAAGGCGACAAUUGACACAUCUACAACCUUACAUCUGCAAGCGUACACAUCCUACAGGUUUCAAGUUGUUGCUUACAACAGUGUGGGUGAUGGCCCAGCUAGUAAUGUUGUGGGACCCCUAACCACACCCGAGUCAAUUCCAGAAAGGCCACGUGGACUUGCCCUGAUUGUGCAAAACCAAACGUACAUUUUGCUGCAGUGGAGUCCUCCUGAAAGGGCUAACGGCAUCAUCAUUGAUUAUCAAGUUUCUGUCUGGAAAUUGCCAGAAACAGGGGUGGUAAAGAAAUGGCGAACAAAUGACAGUCGCACUGAAUUAAGAAUGCCCCAGCUCAAUCCACAGGACACCUACAGAGUCUCAGUACUGGCUGUAAAUAGAAUCGGCAAGGGUCCACCAGUGUUAGCAACUUUUGAUCUAACAGCAGCACCUGGAGGCCCACCCCGCAAUGUGACAGCAGAGUUUAAGGACAUGAACCAGGAAAUAUUGUUAACGUGGAAAAGUUCACUGACAGAUAUCGAAGGAUUCCGGAUAUUUUACUGGAGUACUAGGAGAGACAUGCAAACUGUCGAUGUUGCAAAGUCGAAAAGAAGAGAGCAAAUCCCACUAUUGGGUCGGGAGAACGAGAACGUUUAUCAUUUCCAGGUGGCAGCCUUUAAAGUAAUACAUGGAGGUCACUACAUCCUUGGUCCAAAAUCGAAAAAAGUCAGCGCUGGGAAAGUUCAAAUGCAAGCACGAAGAACAAAGUCGUCAGGAAGUGUCGAUGGCAGUCCAAGAACUUUGCUUCUUUUUUGUCAUCUUCUCUUCUUUAUUAGUCUGCAAUGGCUGCAGGCCAGAUAACACAUCAAAGAGAGAGAGAAAGGUGUCUUAAUUCCAUGACCCAGUGUAAAUCUCUCGGAGGGACCGAGCAAGCGACGAGAAAAGCUGUCAAACUGAAGAGUGAAGAAAAAAUGGGCUUUACUAAAAGCGUGGGCCGCUUAAUUUGGAAAUCUCCCGAGAAAAAAAAUCACUUGACGAUUGUAAAACUACUACCCGUGAAGUAGUCGAGACUGAAAUACGGAGAUUUAUUACCUGAAAGCGACAAUGUUAACAAUGUUUCAAAGUCAAGAAACGAUAUUUCAGAGUCAAGAAACAAAAACAAUAUGAGCACAAGUGAAAUAAAAACAGUUAUUCCACUUGCUACAAAUACAGUCGAGUACAUUGCUGCAGAUGACAACAGAAGAAAUUUGCUUACUUCCACGCAAUGGAGAAAAGGAACCUCUCAGGAUGUGACGAGUUAUCGUGAAUAUUUUAAUAUUUAACUCAGAUAAUGAUAUCAUUUAAUACUCUUAGUUGUGUAACAUAACUAUCUUUUCUAAUAUCUAACAAAUAAUGACUGCACACAGACCGGAUCCCCAGAGUUCUUGACGGUACAAUUUUUCUCUCUACCAGAGCCAUUGCGGAUUUGAAUUCCUUUGUUGAUGGUUAUCUGCUAGACUUUUUCAGUCUGCCAAAACAUAGGGAGAGACCGUUAUUUUUUUUGAGCCGGGGGGAGGUUAGGUAAUUUUCUCAGGCAUUAAUUUUUUUUCUAACCUUUUGGUUGUAUAUGAUUUUUUGGUGGGCAAUGGCUUGUCCGUGGGAGG